CCGGGAUGGGGUGGGCCGGCGGCAGGCUGUAGCUGAUGCCCAGGCCCCCCUGGAAUGAUGCCAUCUCGGACCAACCUCUCUGCUGGGAUUCCCAGUAGCAAAGUCAAAUAUUCCAAGCUCUCCAGCACCGAUGAUGGAUACAUUGACUUGCAGUUCAAGAAGAGUCCACCCAAAAUCCCCUACAAGGCCAUUGCACUGGCUGUGGUGCUCUUCAUGAUCGGGACCUUCCUCAUCAUCAUCGGAGCCCUGCUGCUGGCAGGGUACAUCAGCAAAGGGGAGACUGACCGGGCCAUCCCUGUGCUGAUCAUUGGCAUCCUGGUGUUCCUGCCGGGCUUUUACCACCUGCGCAUCGCCUACUACGCCUCCAAGGGCUACCGGGGCUACUCCUAUGAUGACAUCCCCGACUUCGACGACUGACCCGUUAAUUAAUCCUGCUCUAAUUAGAAAUGCUUCCAAGCUACUGGUCCUGAGCUUGCCUGGAGUAAUUAAGUCUGAUGAGAGGGGGAAAGCAGCAUUUGCAGGAAGUGAUUUCCACACAGUGCACUUGCUCCACAGCUCCCUUCAGACUGACCAAGCUCAUUUCCUCACAAACACAUCUUUCCCAAGUGAGCUUUCCCAGUGCCACUGUUGCUUUUGGCAAAAUCCGCUCACCCUUGACAAGGACUGGUGUUGGAGUUUACCAGUUAUUUAAACAACCAGAUUGAUACUGGGAAAAGGAUUGGAACCCAGACUCAGGUGUCUUAAUACCAAAAAUUUUGGGCUUGACAAAUGUGGGUAUUGGAGACACUUAAAUUACAGUUGUCUGUCUUUUGGAGUCCUUUAAGCCUUGUGUAGACAAUUUGCUGUGCACACCUGCCCAGGCCAGUGAAGAGAAGUUCUCUGUAGUUCGUGCUGAACAAACCCCCUCUGGAUUGCUUUGCAAGCUUUGCUGAUGUGUUAUUCAGGGAAAAACAAAGUGAUGGCUCCACUUCUGUGAGGUAAAACCAGGCUGUCUCCUGAGCUGGGAUGUCUCAGUGUCCUGGA